ACUCAGCUGAAGAAUAAUAACAACGAAGCAUGGUGUAUGUUUAUUAGGAACCUCUGAGGGUGGUGUAGAGCAGGAUUUCGUGAAAUAAAGCCUUAAAAAAUGUUCCAAGACUGUUUUACUCUCUUACAGGAAAAGGGGGGUAACAUCCCAAGGCUAUGGAUGGUAUGGUUGAAGAAAAUGGAACAGCUGGCAACCCUGGAGUUGAUCCUUUGGCACAUUCACCUGCGGAUGCCAACUCUUCAGUGGUUGUCACAUCGGUACAGAGUUCUUCCUCUGAGCAACAACACCUAGUUGCCGCUACGAGCAUCGUGCAACUCACACUCCCAACACAUGUAAACAACAGUACAGCCACAGCACAGGUUCAGUCAGUAAUCCAAGCUAAUCAACAGUCAGUAAUCCAGACUCCAGCAAAUAUUCAGCCAGUUCAACUGCAGAAAGGAAACGUAAUUCUUGUGAGCAAACCCAACUCUGUAAUACAAACCACACAAGGAAGUUUACAGACUCUACAGGUUGUGGAUGCAGGUAGUGAUGACAGCUUGUCAAAUGAUGACGAUUCAACCAAGAAAAGGCGUGACAUUCUUACACGGAGACCAUCCUACAGGAAGAUUCUGAAUGACCUUGGAGGAGGUGAAAUAGCAGUGGGUAGAGGUGAAUCCUCAUCGGAAGUUGACACUAAUGAGGAUAGCGAGCUGUCUUCUCAUUCGAUUCCUUCUCACUACCAGACUCAUACUGCCACAGUGAUACCAGCAGGAGCAAUCCAGAUUGCGAGUCAAGGCGAGACUGUGCAGGGGCUUCAUACGCUAACAAUGACGAAUGCAACGACGGCAGGAGGAGCAAUUGUACAGUAUGCUCAAGGGCAGGAUGGUCAGUUCUUUGUGCCUGUGGUGACACAAGGGGGAGGGAUCGGUGGAGGACCAAUUAUAGCUGAGGACCAAGCAAGGAAGAGAGAGAUGCGGCUACUGAAGAACAGAGAAGCUGCUAGGGAGUGUCGGAGAAAGAAGAAGGAGUACAUAAAGUGUCUAGAGAACCGUGUGGCUGUGUUAGAGAACCAGAACAAGGCUCUAAUAGAGGAGCUGAAGUCGUUAAAAGAGCUGUAUUGUCAGCAGAAGACGGAUUGAGAUUCAUAGCAGUACCUCAUCCAGGGAAACAAGUGGUCCACCUGUUCCCUCCCACCUCCAGCAGGCUGAUUACUGUGUUUUGUAUUUCUGCCACAUGUGCAAUGAAAAUGAACACUAUAAUUAACAUCGUGUUAAUUAUAUAUUGUGACCAAAAGAAAGUUACCGUAUUGUUGGUCAGCUGAUUGUUUGAGGUGCAUAGCUGUGAUUGGCCUUCAGUGCUGUCCGGAGACUGGCUUUAAAUCACUGAAGGAAAAUAUGCAAUGGAAUGUGUCUGAGAGGUUAGUUUGGUUGUUGAAUAUUCUAAAUCUGUAUCAUUAGGAAUGAAUGCAUGGGCAUAUGAAAGUACCUUAAAUUGCGAGUGAAUUUACCUUGCUUUUUAUGUUACAAAAAUUGUUUAAAAAGAGCUGUUUUCUUAAGAUAUGAAAGAAGCGUUGUUAACAAAUUCUGUAAAAUAUUGUAUCUAUAAAUAACUUCAGUGAUGAAAAAUAUAUGGAAGUGUGUUUGUAGAGAUGAAGAAAACUUGAGUUGACUGUUAGGUGUAUGAAGGUUUGUGAGGGAUGAAACGCCAAAGUUAUGUUAUAAGUAUGUCAGAUGACCUGAUUGAAGAUGCAAGUCUUGUUCCAUGCUUGGCAAGUAAUACUGUACCUAUUUUCCUAUCUUUUUCCUUUUGUUUGCAUAAAUGGUAGUCUAGUUGUGUUAUGCCACCCACUGAUGUCUCCUGUUUAGAGGGUUAUUUUGGUACAUACUCAGGGCUUAGGAAAGUAAUCAUGUGCCAUACUUAUUUUCAUGCUGUGUUAUAUUUUUACUUGUGGGAUAAAAGAACCACAGUCUCAAGUUCUGUUUCUUGAAACACCAUAAAUGGCUUCUUUUUUAUUUCCAUUUCAUUCAUUAUUUUCCAUGAGAAAAUGUUGACUUGAAGGAAUAGGAUACUAUGUUAACCAGCUCCUACAUUUAAUGUUUCACAUUUUGCUUUUAAAAGUUGAUACAUAAGUGAAGUUCAUAUUUUUCUCCUGUUAUGUGAUGUACUACGUGUUUGAGAAAUAUGCAGGGUACAAGACUUCAGAAAUCAGCGCUUAAAGUGUAAGGGGUUGGGACAUGUAUUCUCUGUUCAUGUACAAGGCACCGUGUGUUUUAUAUGCCUGACAUACACAUCUGCUUUUGCUUGUUGGUUCACACUGCAGUAAGACUGGCAUUUGGAAGUAUUGUACAGUACUGUAGUCCUAUAGCAUAUAAUUUUUGCAUGUUCUAUUUUGUAACAUUUUUUAAUUGUAUAUAUAUAUUGUUUGAUGUUUCUGUGAUAUUUCCCCAAGUCUUUUGAUAAAUAUGUUAAUUGAUUUUACACGCAAACAUGAGUUGGAAGUACACAGUUUAAUUGAGAACAUCCCUGCACUGGUUAUGAUCUCAAAAUGAAAAUUCUCUUUAUUUGCAAUAAAAUGUAGCAAAAAAAAAACGCACCCACUAGGCUUAUCAUGUGCAUCUUUAGUUCUGUCCACAUACAUGAAGUUGAGAACUGCCAGAUGAAUUUAACCUUUAACGUACGGAGCACAUUUUAUGCCCUAUUCGUGAUUAUCAAGAAGUGAGCAGUUGUGCUUGGAUUACACUAUGCGUACAUUUCCUACCAUCAAAAAGCUUUUUACAGCAGUAUAUGAUUACAAUUAUUGUUUUUCUGGACAUUAUCCAUUGUGUUUUUACUUAAAGCACAACAAUUUGGAGACUGGAUAUCUUGUUUUGGUGCUGGUGUCCAGAGGUAAUGGACUGGUUGUAUCAACUGGGCCAAAAUGAGUCCAAAACGUGCUUUAAAUAUAAACAGGACAUGGAUAAUAUCUAGAAACAAUAGUUUUAUUUCCUAAGAUGUUCCUUUUGUAAGGGUAAAUGUUUGUAAUAGUAUGACCUUUAUUUUAUCAUGUGCAUCAAAACAUAUAUUGUCUCUUGCUAUAAGUGAACCAAAGCACUGUAGAUGUAUAUCUAUUGCUUAAGGCAACAGUCAUAUAAUGUUAAUUACUGUGUUUAAUCGGGUUAUGUUUGACACCGUUCAAUACUCAAAAUGAAGAGGGAUAACAGGAUUUUGGGUUCUCAUGGCGAUGAGUAGAUAUUUGUCACUGUUAAUGAAACCUGAUGCCUCUGUCUUCAGGUUGGAGGAUUUUACUUUUCUCUGUCAAAAGUUGAUAAAUAUCUGUCAAACUACAUAGCAUCACAUCCCAGAAGACUGCAAUCUUCAUGAAGAGAUAUGUUUUUAAAGCAACCAAAAGUUCAGGGACAGUCAGGGGACCACAUCAUGUGGUUUUAUGAAAAGUCACGUUUCCCUUCCACUUCUCUACUUUAAGCUCUGUGUCUCAGUUGAUAAUUAUAGAGAAACCUCAUGCAUUACCUGUAGUGAAAUGGGAAAUCUGUCUGCAGGGGAGCAGCAGGUGUUUAGGAUUGAAAUAAAAUACUGAAGGAAGGUUAUUAUUAGUUUUAUUUAGUGAUAUUGUUCAUACCUUUCAGCUGUACACUGACAGAUUGACAUUAGCAUAAAAGGAAACAAAAAGUAUCAGCUGAUUGUAAAUACUUGUAUUUUUACAUAUCAAAUGGGUGGUUUCUUCCUUGUAUGAAAAAAUCAAGGUUCUGUAUACCUUGCUGCAAACUGUUGCCUUCUUUUGUAAACAUUCGCAAUGCCACUGUCAUUUUAUAAAUAGCACAUGUUUUGUAAAUAUAAAUCUAUAAUGUAGAUGUUGAAAAGAAAGAAUAUAAUCUUUGGAAAGUA